GGCGGAUCUCCUCGUACUUCGGCUAGAGUAAACCAUGGGACACGAUUGCAGCAGGCGGUACCUCGGCCAAAAUCCGUGACCCGGAGCUUUAUGUGCCUCCUUGUAUAUGCUCGUGCCACAAUGCCAUUCAGCAUGCCGAGACGAACGAGCGAGAGCGAGAAAGUGAUGCUGUCGUUGUGGAUGAUAUCAUGCCGCCGUAGCGCGGGACCAAGUUGGCGGACCGCCGUUGGAUCUUGAUGCAGCCGCCGCCGACGCAUGGCCUGCACUUGCGCUAAGCCCUAGGGGCUGUGCUAGAAGUGGCCGGGACAGGAACUGAAGAGCAAGUCAGAAGAAGAGCCUCUGUUCACAGCCGACCAGAGCAAAGGCCCAAGGGAAUUCUCUAGGAAACACGAGGACGACUCAUGAAUCAUUCCUCCGUAGCAGUGGACCCAUGGGAUCCAGGAUGGACGGCCUCCGCCAACAGAUUUCCAAGCAUCCUCUGCCGGGUGCAAGGAGGAGGUGAAGCUGUAAGGAAGGCGCCUAGGAAUGGGGAGCUCAAACCCCAACCCCCCCGCCCCCCCCCCCCAAUUGCGUCAAUGCCGUGAUAUCGCCGAAUUGUGCCUGGCUGACUGUCUGCCUGACGUCCAACGCCGGACGGGGGCUCGGCGUCUUGAGGAGCUCUGCCUGUGACAGGUGCCCGCCCCUCUCAGGCAGAUGUGUGGGGAAGCUCGGAAGCUAGCCACCAAGUACGCAGUAUAAGACAGCUGCCUCCAUCGUGGUGCUGGGCCUCGUGUGCAUAUCAGUGCAUUGAGUCUUGCGGCCUCAACCAGACCACUUCUGGACCAAGAUCACGAUGGUGUCGACGGUAGGAAAGACCAUUACUUGCAAGGCGGCCGUGGCGUGGGAGGCAGGCAAAGAGCUGAGCAUCGAGGACAUCGAGGUCGCGCCACCCAAGGCACACGAGGUCCGGAUUGAGAUCUACCACACCGGAGUCUGCCACACAGAUGCGUACACGCUGUCGGGGAAUGAUCCCGAGGGGGCCUUCCCCAUCGUCCUUGGGCACGAGGGUGCCGGUGUCGUCGAGUCGGUGGGCGAGGGCGUCACCAGCGUCAAACCCGGCGACCACGUCGUCGCCCUGUACACGCCGGAAUGCAAAGAGUGUAAGUUCUGCAAGUCGGGCAAGACAAACCUCUGCGGCAAGAUCCGCGCCACGCAGGGCCAGGGCGUGAUGCCGGACGGCACGUCGCGGUUCCGGUGCAGGGGCAAGGACCUGCUGCACUUUAUGGGCUGCUCGACGUUCUCGCAGUACACGGUGGUGGCCGACAUCUCGGUGGUGGCGGUGCAGCAGAGGGCGCCGAUGGACAAGACGUGCCUGCUGGGGUGCGGCAUCACGACGGGCUACGGGGCGGCGCGGAUCACGGCCAAGGUGGAGCAAGGGUCCAGCGUCGCCGUGUUUGGGGCGGGGUGCGUGGGCCUCAGCGUGGUGCAGGGCGCGGUUGCGCAGAAGGCCGGCAAGAUCAUCGUCGUCGACCUCAACUCGGACAAGGAGGCGUGGAGCAGGCGGUUCGGCGCCACCGACUUCGUCAACCCGUCCAAGCUGCCCGAGGGCACCAGCGUCGUCGACAGGCUGGUCGAGAUGACCGACGGCGGCUGCGACUACACCUUUGACUGUACCGGGAACGUCGGUGUCAUGCGCACCGCCCUCGAGGCCUGCCACAAGGGCUGGGGCCAGUCCAUCGUCAUUGGCGUCGCGGCUGCCGGGCACGAGAUCCAGACCCGACCGUUCCAGCUCGUGACCGGCCGCGUCUGGCGAGGGUGCGCCUUCGGUGGCGUCAAGGGCCGCUCGCAGCUCCCGGGCCUGGUGCAGGACUAUCUGGACGGGCGGCUCAAGGUUGACGAGUUCAUCACCCACCGGCACAAGCUGGCCGACAUCAACACCUCCUUCCAGGUCAUGAAGAGCGGCGAAUGCAUCCGGGCUGUCGUGGACAUGCGCGACCGGAUCAGGGCCUCCCUAUAAGAGGCUGCCUACACGAUGGACACGAUGGACACGAUGGAGGUGGCAAGGGGAAGUCUUGGGCACCCCGUGGCGUGCGCGGGGUGGCUCUACCUAGUUUGUAUGUACAAAAUGCCGAUAUCACGGGGAUGGAAAUAUGGCUACAGGCAGGCGAAGACGUCGAGGGUGGUGAAGGAAGGGCCAUGCCGGGUCCAGCCGUCUCGUAGAGGUGCACAGCUGUCUUUGUGUGGCAAUGGACAGGGCUUCCCAUUCUCCCGCGCCCGCUGCGGAUGUUCCUUUGUUGUUUGAGAUGGUGCUACCAACCAACCAACCAACCAACCCGUGGGCGCAGGACGCAGGACGCAGGCGGCGGGACCUCGCCGGCCGGGUCGACGAUUCGGCCCAGCGCUUCGCCCGGCUGGCCGGAGCCGCGGCAUUUCUUGAGGACAAAGGGAUGUCCGGUGGGCAGGUGGGCAGUCCGCAGCUUGUCCUAUUACGGGAUGGGCUGGGGCUGGGGCUGGGGCUGGUGAAACUGGAGCCUCGUCUUGGGGUUCUGGGGACGGGCCUGACGGGGCGCCCCAGGGGAUGGGCAAGAGUAAUAAUAUCCAUCGUUGUUGCUGCCAGCCAGCCAGCCAGCCCAGCUGCCCAGCCUCUCUCUCCACUUGAUAACAAGCCAGCGUAGCUUGCCAGCGUGCCAGCCGACACGGCGACACGGCGGCACGGGUGUCACCAUCUCGGGCCAACCACGCGCCAGCACCUGAGGUGACUGACGACGGCUCCCCAAGUGGCUCCCAACACGCCACGUUGCUCAACCGAAUGGGUUGGCUGUUGGCCUGCUGCUGUCCAGUCCUGCCAGUCUGCCAGUGCGCUCCCCCGGCCUUGACCAUGCCAACCUGCAGCCGUGUGCGGAGGUUUCCGGG